AUAGUGGGCAGGAGGGAAAGAGGACGAAAGGGAGAGAAAAGAGAAUUAGGGAAAAGUUUGUGACGAAGGACAGAGGGGGAGCCAAAAAUUGAUUAUAAGUCUUUUCAGGAACAGGAAAGGGAGAAGAGGGUGGGUUGAUUAUUGACAAUACGUCCUGGGACAUGUUAGUCAACCAUUCUUCUCUCCCCCAUUCGCCUUGCGGGCUUGUUCGGAAUUUGUAUUGCCAUACGUUUUUCCUCCUAGAAGAUUUGCACACUUGGGCCAAAAAUUGUAGUGAUCAUCCAGUCUCGUACAUAGGCCCGGCUGGAGGAAAAAGGGCAUGUACCUUGACAUCUUGUCGACUCAGCCAAAAAACCUCGCUCGGGCACAUGAUUUGCCUCUUUGGGAGAUCAGCGCCCAUUGCAAGGCAGAAGGGAGAAAUAAUGCCGGAGAUUCGCUUGGCUGAGGAAGCAAAAAGGACGGACGAAAGGGUAUACGAGGGAUUGCCCGGCUAUGCAUUUCGCCAGACCAGCCUGCGCCCUUGUGGCAACAGCCGGAGACACCCACUCGCCGCCUGGGAGGCGGAAUGGGAGCUACCAGGGACUCGACUGGCCUGGCGGUGGCACCCACGCCGGUCAUGAGAGGGAAAUCGCUUGGCCGGUCAGACAGGACAGGAAAUGAAAAGGUGCUGACUCUUGACGAGUCUGAUUCUGCCUUCUCUGACGCCUUGCCUCUCCGCCUCGCUCCGCCCCCGGCAAACAAAAGUCGGCUGGCUAUGCAGGCUAAUUGUGACGCCAAAUAAACAGCGGGAUACAUUGUCAGGCACAAACCCACUUUCU